CGCGUGUUCGGGGGCGCCAUCUGGGCGGCGCUGCUGGGCGCCGUGCUGGCGUACGCGCUGGCGUGGCGCGUGGUGGCGCGCGAGUCGCUGGCGGCGAGCGUGGCCGCGGCGCUGCGCGCCUUCUCCUCGUGCGGGGGCCCGCCGCAGCUCCGUGUCGCGUCGACGCCGCAGCGACUGCAGCUGGCCAGCGUGCUGCUCACCUCUGCUGUCAUCGUCGCUAGCGUAUAUCAGGGCCGCCUCUUCGCUUUGCUAACUGGUCCAGAGACAUGCCCAACAGUGAACACAUUUGAAGACUUGAAAAAACUGGAAAUACCAGUAGCAAGCUACGAUGAAUUAUCUGUUCAAUUACUUUCUCUCUUCAAAGAAAAAUAUGUGAAUAUUAAAAAAACAAACAUUGAAUUCGAUGAAAUAAAUACAGUUUUCAGAGUGAGAAAGCCACUUGCAGUCCCUAUAACGAAAACAAUGCGACCGCUCUGGAAGAAAAAGGAAAUGGGUGGUGAAAAAGUUAAUGUCAUGAAAGAUAACCUUGGUUUACGUCUCCAAUCCUGGACUACAUCGAGAAGUUGGCCAUGGAAUGACGUCAUCAGUCUUCUGACUCUACACUUGGACGCCGGAGGUUUGCGAGAUUUUUGGAUGACUAAUUACACCCUAGAGUACGAGGCAUUGCUGAGAUACAACGGGAUGACUGAAGGAGGAGUCGACAGAGUUCCACAAGUUCUGCAAAUAGGAGAUAUUACAUUGCCCUUUAUCGUCCCCUUCGUGGGGCUGCUGGCGUCAGCGGGCUGCCUCUUCUCAUUGGUAGCUGAUCCAGAGACCUAUCCAACAGUGAACACAUUUGAAGACUUGGAAAAACAGGAAAUACCUAUAGCAAGCUACGACGAUUUAUCUGUUCAAUUACUUUCUGUUGUCAAAGAGAAAUAUGUGAAUAUUAAAGAAAAAAACAUUGAAUUUGAUGAAAUAAGUACAGUUUUAAGAAUGAGAAAGCCACCUGUAGUUCCUAUAACAAAAACACGGCGGCUCAUCUGGAGGAAAAAUGAAAUAGGUGGUCAAAAAGGUCAUGUCUUGAAAGAUAACCUUGGUAUACAUCUCCAAUCCUGGACUACAUCGAGAAGUUGGCCAUGGAAUGACGCCAUUAGUCUUAUGACACUCUACUUAGACGCCGGCGGUUUGCGAGACUUUUGGAUGAUCAACUACACUCUAGAGUACGAGGCAUUGUUGAGAUUCAACGAGAUGGCUGAAGGAGGUCUCCACAAAGGUCCGGAAGGUUUGCCACUAGGGGACAUUGCGUCCCCCUUCAUCGUCCUCCUCGGGGGGCUGCUGGCGUCGGCGGUUGUCCUUGUCGUAGAGAUGAGACUCGGCAUCGAAGAUGACUUUUAUUUACAAAUUAUCAGACUUGUUCAUUUGUUCACGAUUUGUUUGUUUGUGCCUGAUUUUGAACGUUGCAAUCUCAAAAAGAAA